GGCCAGGCAGCAGGGGGUUGGCAUGUCAGCACUGCUCCACGUGUGUGCACACCCAACCGGGCUGUGACAGCACCCGGGCUUGGCCCCAGUUUUGCUCUGAGAUUGGAGUAGACACUGAAAGCAGGGAGAAGCCAGGCAGUGGGGGCAGGCACUUCUGAGCCUGUGAGGGCAGCGGGAUGCCUUCCUGGGCCCCCAAGAGUGCAGGGAUGCCUGGGUCCACAGCCAUGGUUUUGGCAGCUGCAACUGAGCCUGGAGGAUGGGGGUCGCAGGGCUCCUGCCUUCUCCACGGAGUGGGAGGCCCAGGUCCACAGCUGUGACUUGGGUGGCUGCAGCUGAGCCUGGGAGCGCAGGGCUCCUGCCUGCUCCCAGCCCCCCUAAGAACACAGGGAGGCCCAGGUCUGCAGCCAUGACUUGGGCAGCUGCAGCUGUGCCUGAGGGGGUGGGCAGGGCUCUUGUCUGCUCCUUGCAGUGGCAGGCCCCGGUCUGCAGCCACAACUUGGCUGGCUGUGGCUAUACCUACAGAGCUCCUGCCCCAUCAACUCAGAAGGGGCAGGGAUCCCACUCGUCCCUGGCUCCCGCCGGCUCUGUGGAGUAUGCAGCCCAUAUGCAGCCCCAGCCACACCUCCCCACUGUACCCAGCGUGAUGGCAGCCACCGCUCCAGAUGGGCCACCUCUGCCAUCAUCACUAUCACUCAGAGUCCAUGUUAGGGUCCAUUCUUGGUUUUGGACAUUCUAUGGGUUUGGACGGAUGUGUAAUGACACGUACCCACCAUGACAGUAUCACGCAGAGCACUUUCACUGCCCCAAGUCCUCUAUCCUCUGCCUGUUCCUCCCUCCCUCCCGUCCCCUGGCAACCACUCAUCUUUUUACUGUCUCCAUAGUUUUGCCUCUUCCAGAAUGUCAAAGAGUUGGGAAAGAGAGGAUUCGGGAUCGGCUGCUCAUGAGGAUGAGACGGCAAAGGCUGGAAGGAGGGAGAUUCCCUCUAUGGGAGUCUUCCAUGAUUACGCAUGAGGAGGUGGGAGAGGCGUUGCUAGGAAGCAUGUUCCGGGUGCUCCUCUGGCUGCACAUGCGCAGUAGCUGUCCACGCUUGUUCCUAACGUCGCCUGUCUCACUAGCAUCUUCAAUGCUAGGGUCGGUCUGAGGACAGCGUCGAAAGCGGCUUCCAGCAGAGGACACUUGGGAGGGACACAGCCACACCCAGGACCCAAGGCCCAGGUGAAUGAGAAGAUGUAGUGGACACCCCAGCGCCCGGGUGACACCUGCUGGGAGCUUGGCGUGGACACCCCAGCCACCCCCAGCCCAGCCGGAGCACCCUACCCCUGGGCACCCCCUGGCCAUCCAGCCUCACCAUGUCCAAGAGGGGCAUGGGCAGCCGGGCCAAGGGGGACAAGGCAGAAGCCCUCGCGGCGCUGCAGGCGGCCAACGAGGAUCUUCGAGCCAAGCUUACAGACAUCCAGAUCGAGCUGCAGCAGGAGAAGAGCAAGGUCAGCAAAGUGGAACGCGAGAAGAACCAGGAGCUGCGGCAGGUGCGCGAACAUGAGCAGCAUAAGACCGCGGUCUUGCUCACGGAGCUCAAGACAAAGCUGCACGAGGAGAAGAUGAAGGAGCUACAGGCCGUGCGUGAGACACUGCUGCGGCAGCACGAGGCCGAGCUGCUCAGGGUCAUCAAGAUCAAGGACAAUGAGAACCAGCGGCUGCAGGCGCUGCUCAGUGCCCUGCGUGACGGCGGCCCCGAAAAGGUCAAGACCGUGCUGCUGUCUGAGGCCAAGGAGGAGGCCAAGAAGGGGUUCGAGGUGGAGAAGGUCAAGAUGCAGCAGGAGAUCUCCGAGCUCAAGGGCGCCAAGAGGCAGGUGGAGGAGGCGCUGACGCUGGUGAUCCAGGCGGACAAGAUCAAGGCCGCGGAGAUCCGCAGCGUGUACCACCUGCACCAGGAGGAGAUCACCCGCAUCAAGAAGGAGUGUGAGCGGGAGAUCCGCAGGCUGAUGGAGGAGAUAAAAUUUAAAGACAGAGCAGUCUUCGUGCUGGAGAGAGAGUUAGGGGUUCAAGCCGGGCAUGCUCAGAGACUGCAGCUCCAAAAAGAGGCUCUAGAUGAGCAGCUGUCCCAGGUCCGAGAGGCCGACCGGCAUCCGGGCAGCCCCAGACGGGAACUUCCUCAUGCAGCUGGUGCAGGAGACGCUUCAGACCACUCGGGAAGCCCUGAACAGCAGUUGGAUGAAAAAGAUGCCCGGCGCUUCCAGCUUAAAAUCGCAGAGUUAAGUGCGAUUAUCCGCAAACUGGAGGACCGUAACGCCUUGCUGUCGGAAGAGAGGAAUGAGCUGUUAAAGCGUGUAAGAGAAGCCGAGAGUCAGUACAAGCCUCUGCUGGAUAAAAACAAGCGCCUCAGUCGCAAGAACGAGGAUUUGUCUCACGCUUUACGCCGAAUGGAAAACAAGUUAAAAUUUGUCACCCAGGAGAACAUAGAAAUGAGACAGAGAGCCGGAAUCAUACGGCGACCCAGUUCCUUGAACGACCUGGAUCAAAGUCAGGAUGAGAGAGAAGUCGACUUCUUGAAGCUUCAGAUUGUGGAGCAGCAAAACCUCAUAGAUGAACUGUCUAAGACCCUUGAGACCGCUGGCUACGUGAAGAGCGUGUUAGAGCGGGACAAGCUGUUAAGAUUCCGGAAGCAAAGAAAGAAAAUGGCAAAACUUCCCAAGCCGGUUGUUGUGGAGACCUUCUUUGGAUACGAUGAAGAGGCUUCCCUGGAAUCCGACGGUUCCUCCAUCUCUUACCAAACAGACAGGACGGACCAGACCCCGUGCACCCCAGACGAUGACUUGGAGGAGGGCAUGGCCAAGGAGGAGACGGAGCUGAGGUUCCGGCAGCUGACCAUGGAGUACCAGGCCCUGCAGCGCGCCUAUGCCUUGUUGCAGGAGCAGGUUGGAGGGACGCUAGACGCAGAGCGAGAAGUUAAGACCCGUGAGCAGCUACAAGCCGAAGUGCAGAGGGCGCAGGCGCGGAUACAGGACCUGGAGAAGGCCCUGGCGGAGCAGGGGCAGGAUAUGAAGUGGAUUGAAGAGAAGCAGGCGCUGUACCGGAGAAACCAAGAGCUUGUGGAAAAGAUCAAACAAAUGGAGGCGGAAGAGGCUCGGCUCAGACACGAGGUGCAGGACGCCAGAGACCAAAACGAGCUGCUGGAGUUCAGGAUCCUGGAGCUUGAGGAGAGGGAGAGGAAGUCACCCGCCAUCAACUUCCACCACACACCCUUCGUGGACGGGAAGAGCCCCCUCCAGGUGUACUGCGAGGCCGAAGGCGUGACGGACAUUGUGGUCGCGGAGCUGAUGAAGAAGCUGGACAUCCUGGGCGAUAACGCCGUAAGUAACUUGACCAAUGAGGAGCAGGUGGUUGUCAUACAAGCCAGGACAGUCCUGACCUUGGCUGAAAAGUGGCUCCAGCAGAUUGAGGAGACAGAGGCGGCGCUGCAGCGGAAGAUGGUGGAUCUGGAGACCGAGAAGGAGCUGUUCAGUAAGCAGAAGGGCUACCUGGACGAGGAGCUGGACUACCGGAAACAGGCCUUGGACCAGGCCAACAAGCACAUCCUGGAGCUGGAAGCCAUGCUGUAUGAUGCCCUGCAGCAGGAGGCCGGGGCUAAGGUGGCUGAGCUGCUGUCAGAGGAGGAGCGCGAAAAGCUCAAGGUGGCCGUGGAGCAGUGGAAGCGCCAGGUCAUGAGUGAGCUGCGCGAGCGGGACGCCCAGAUCCUGCGGGAGCGUAUGGAGUUGCUGCAGCUGGCUCAGCAGAGAAUUAAAGAGUUAGAAGAAAGAAUAGAAGCUCAAAAGAGACAAAUAAAGGAACUGGAGGAAAAGCUUUCAUUCUCUGGUCAUAGUCCGUCUUGGCACCCUGACGUGCCCCACAUUGAAUUGGACCCUUUUCCUCCAGUGGGACCAGAGAGCAGGGACAAAAUGGGACAUCGCGUCUCCAUCCUGAAGACCCAGGGGGAUUUGGUCUCUGCACGCCAGUCCCGUGGAGGAAGAGUGAGAAGGGGCAGCGUGUGCGGCGCGGAGCUGCCGUCCACGUGGGAUGUGCCAGAACUAGAACUGGCUCUGCCGACUUCUUGGGGGCUUCUCCGGGACAGGCCCGACCUUGGCUGCUGGACCCUGGGUCCCUUCUCCCGGAUGGCAGCCCCCAUCCCAGUUCCAGGGAUGUGUAGCAUUCCCUGCCAAGCAGGGGUGAGAACUGCUUCUGUGCAGAAGCACCAGCUGCGGGUCCCCUCCUCUCUCUUGGUUCUCACAGUAGCUGCCACUGGUGUCUGGAGGAUGAUUUUCAGAAACAACAGAGGCUUGGCCCGAUGACAAGAUGAAAGCUGUGACCUUCAUUCAAGGGAAUCUGGAGGCUCCCUGGGAUGGUCCUGGGAGGGCUCCCUGACACCUCAGGGGCCUCUCCGAUGCUGCAAUGUGUUGCUAGGGUCCUGAGCACCUGCUGGCCAACAGACCCCACAUCCACCCUCGUUCAUCGUCAUCUCUGUGGGGACAGACGAGCCGUGGCUGCUGCGGGCCACGUGGUGCCAUCAACCCUCUGCCUCCCUACCCAACCUGAGACAGGAAGGCCAAGAUCCCGCCCAAGCAGCCAGCUGGGAGCACCGUGGGACUGAGCCAAGGAAGGCGUGGGGAGCGUGGUGACAGGAGGUGGGACGAGGGGGCAGAGCUGGCUGGAACACGGAUGCCAAAGGCUGCCUCCGUAGUGCAUCUCCAGAAGUCUCAGAGGCCUUGGGUGCCCAGAGCCACCUGGCCUGGAAGCCCCUGCACGGGCCAGCCCUGAAGGCCGUGGACCCCGGCGGGCACCGAAGCCUCACCCCAAGCCUUCGCACACAAGGAGCAGCCCAGGUGGGGACGGUGGGCACAAGAAGGGAGCGGCUGGGACGGCCUUUUCCCGCCCGCUCUGUGUGGGGACACUGCACGAGCCGUGGAGCAAGAGGCUGACAGGUCCCCUGGAGCACGUUCUUCAGGCGCAUCAUGGACAAGGCGUCGUCCUCGUGUGGGUCCGGACCUGGGUACCCAGCAGGAUCUGGCUCCUGUGUCCACCAAGUGCGCCCAGUCACAGCCUCAGGCCAGAAAGUUCGCUGCAGAGGUUCAUUCUAGAAGGAGCGAGAGACCAGCAGUCCCAGCCCUGUCCAAGGACGCCCGCUGCUUGGCACACGAGGGGACCGCAGGCCCACCAUCCCUCAGGACAUGGCUCCCAAGUCCCCAGGGAUUUCUGGUCCCACAGCAAGAGCCGGAGCUCCAAGCAUAACAUCUCUAACUGUGCAGCAAGGAUGGCGCAGCCAGAGGUCGGGAGCUCCACAGCCUCCAGGGUCUCCCGAGGGUGGCUGGGGGCAGGGAACGCCCCGCAGCGCAACAACACACACGGCGCGGACAUACGCACCUCCCCGCCAUACGCACCUCCCCGCCGAGGCUUCCCGGCUGCGUCACUCCCACCCCCUGUGGGCCAGGCCUCACAGCAGGGGCAGCGGACCAUCCAGGCCAUGCUGCCAUGCUGAGCCCCGAGCACAUUCCCACAACAGGUCACAGAGGGGACGCCAGGCUAGAGGGGGGCCUGGGGAGCAGGGCCCUCCACAGCCACCCUCGGUGACAUCUGGGACUGGGACAUCAGUGGAUGGCAGCCCUGGAUGGAACCGUUUCCUGGGUACUGGACCUGGAGGUCACUCGGAGCUUCUCCCGCUCCCAGCGUGUGCCCAUGGGGCGGUCAGAGUGGACAGGCCGCACCAUCAUCAGGGAAGGGCAGCCGGCCAGCAACGUGCAGACUGUGCCUCAGGCCUGUGGGCACGGUGGGGACAGAGGUGGGCGGGCGCUGCUCCGCUCGGGGGCUAACAAGCUACAGGCGCAUCGUGGACAAGGUGUCUGUACAGCUCUGCACAGAAGACCGUUCUCAGCCAGUCCUGCCAGCCUCGCAGGAUCAGGGAGUGAGUCUCAAAUGCUAGACCAGAUAGGAAAACAUGUGUGAGCCAAUUGGCCCCAAGCAUCACGUUGCACCAGAUGCUCGCGGAGGGCUGUCGCCCGACCCUGCAGCUACCCCAGGAGUGGGGAGACCUGUGAGCAGAAACCUGUCCCCACUGGAGCACCGGAAGCAAUGCCUUCUUGAGCAUGUUCAGUCGAGUGAGGAGAGGAGAGCGAUGCCUUCGCAGGCUCCCUUGGGGGAGGUUACGGAGCGGGAACUUUGGGCCGAGGCCACCAGCCCACAGGGCUCCUCUGAAGCGAGGCGGCUGUCAUCCUCUCGGGAUCCUCUCCCACCGUGUCUGCUCCGAGCGCGCAGUCUCCAGUGAUCCCACAUUGCAUUCGCUCAUCCUGUCUCUGUAGUGCCUGCCAUCAGUGACAGUUUUUUAGUUCUUCCUCGUCACUCUUGGCCUUGAUGCUUGGAUAAGAACUGGCCGGUUAUUUUGUAGAAGGUUCCUCGGGGGAUCUGCCUGGCCUGUGGUUCCCUGGAGAUGAUGCAUCUGGGGGGAAUGUCCCAGGAGUGAUGGACCCUCAGUACCACACCAGGGUGCCCGAGAGAGGAAGCAGUGC